AUGGCCUUCAGCAAUCUGACAUCAAAGGCUGUACUACUGUAUGAUGAAUGGAUUAAAGAUGCCGAUCCAAGACUGGAAGGCUGGCCACUCAUGUCUUCACCUUUUCCAACUACCUUUAUCAUUGGAACCUACAUUUAUUUUGUCACUUCCUUGGGACCUAAACUCAUGGAAAAUAAAAAACCUUUUGAACUCAGGCAGAUAAUGGCAUUUUAUAAUUUUAGUGUGGUAGCCCUCUCUUUGUAUAUGACUUAUGAAUUUCUUAUGUCAGGUUGGGCCACAGGGUACUCAUUCCGAUGCGAUCUCGUUGACUACUCGAGGUCACCUACAGCUCUAAGAAUGGUACGAACUUGUUGGCUUUACUACUUUUCCAAGUUCAUUGAGUUAUUAGACACU